CAGAGCAGCGCACGGAGCACCAGGUCGUGUCCGUCCACGCGUCAGCGGCCACCCCUCGCGGAUCAUGUCUCCCGCUCGCCAACACCCUCCACCAACAGCCCCAACAUGCAGCGAUGCCAUCGGUGCAGGCGCCCUCGCCACCCACCAUGUCCCUCGUCGAUCUCCAUGGCCGGCGCGGUCUCUCCCUCUUAUAUACCCCGGUCUAACUCCUCCCUCUCCCCAGAUCACAGCAACGAGAAGCAACAAGCAAGUCGACCAGAACCUACAGCCAGCUCUCUGUCUCCGGCAAUGGCGCCCAGCUUCGGCCGCUCCAUCUCCUUCCCUCUCAGCCCGGCGCGCGCCUCCAGGCCCCGCGCCGCCGCCUACCACGUCCGCUCCGUCUCCCUCCCGAGCAGCUCCCACCCGCUCCUCGCCCACCUCUGCUCCCACGUAGCCGCCGUCCGAUCGUGGGUCUCUGCACCCUCCUUGCCAUCCACCGGCCUUUCCCACCUUGAUGCGCUACACGCCGCGCUCGCCGAGCUACUCCUUCUCCCGGAAGCACGCUCCGCGCUACACCACGGAUCCUCCACCGCAGCUUGCCUCCUCGACGGCUUCCUUCUCCUCGCCGACGCGCACGGCGCGUUCCAGGAGACGGUCGUCGAGCUCAGGGCGCACGCGGCGGACGCCCAGGUGGCACUCCGGCGCCGCGACGGCAGCAGGCUCGCCUCGGCCGUGCGAUCCCUGCGCCGGACCGAGAAGGACCUUGCGCGACUCGCCUUGUCCGUACGAUCCGCCACCAAGUUCCCAACGUUGCUCUCAGUUUCCGACAGGGUUGAAGAGGUCGAGGUGUCCGGGGCCCUCGCCGAGGCCGUGGCCGCCGCGGCGUGCGCGUCCGCCGCAGUGUUCUCAGCGGUCGAGACUGUGUCCUCCGCAGCUACGACCGCGAUGGCCUCCAAGAAGACCAUGGCAUCGUCGCUUAAAUCUCUCGUCAAGAGCAGCAAGGCUUUCUCCGACGACGACAAAGAGGUGGCCGCAUUACAGAGGCUUGACGAGGUGGAGGCGUGCGUCGCCGAGAUUGAGGGCGCGAGCGAGAAGGUGUUCAGGAGCAUCCUCCACACCAGGGUCGCGCUGCUCAACAUCCAAACUCACACGUGCUGUUAAUAGUGAUCUACCCAUCUUUGCUAAGCACCGAUACAAUACUAGUGUAGUGUAGUCUUUUUUGGACAAACAUUGUGGUAUCCAAACCCAAGUGUACAUACUCCAGUUCAGUUGAUCAACGGACUAUAAAACAAAGCUUCCUAACAUACUGCUGGGUUUUUCUUCCGUUGCUUUUCAUCAUGUUAAUCGUUCCCUCAAUGAAGCGACACAUAUUUUGGCUAGGACUUGCGAUGUCGCUAGUAAAGGUUUUAUCUCUAGUUUAGCCUCGGAAUGUAUUCGAAAGACUCUUCGUAUUGAUGUUAUGUGAUUAAUAAAGUGCCAUGUUAAUUUCAAAAAAAAAAAACAUACCGCUGUCUGUUUUUUAUCA